UGAUGCUUCAUUUAGCAGCAUAAUCACUUGCGUAGUUUUCACGGACCACAAGCUAAGUAGCUAGUGGCCACAUGGUCGCAUCUGACUUAGGGGCACAAUAACCUCUAUCUCUCUUGGGUGCCGUUUGCUUGCCAGACCACGCGUAAAGAUUUGCCAAACAAACGCCGCCUUAGUUUUAUUGCGACUUCAGUUCUUUUGUUCUCUCUCAAUACAGAACAGGAACAGCCAUUAAUGCACUCGGUAUUUCCUCCUCACUUUUCCGACCCACUCUCUACCCGCCGUGAGGCCAUUAAUGGUGGUGAGACUGUCAGUUAUUGACAGGUGUGAAGGGCAAUCUCGAGCGGAUCAUUAGGCUUAGGAGUGCAAUAUCGGGACUGAAGUAAUAUAAAGUGGUGCAGCUUGCGAAGGAAGGAUAGAUCGGAGACAUCAAACUCCAGCAAAUACUACACAGCAGCGAUAUGGAGGGUAAGCUAACACCAACAGUUGCAGAAGAAAUAUCGGAUGAAGCUGAGCUCGCCAGCCCACAUGCCCAGUACUUAAAUAGUUCAGCUCUCUCUCUCUGCAUUCUGGCUGCUCUGGAAAUCGAGGUUCCCAUCGAUGAUUCGCAAACCGUUGCUUUGAUUAAAGAGAUGUUUCUCCCCAUCAACCCACGCUUCUCCUCCAUCUUGGUUAAAGACGACCAAGGAAUAGGGCAAUGGCGGAGGGUUUCUGUCAAGCCUGAAGACCACGUUCAUGUCCCUGUCUUCCCCGGCGGGUUAUCCACAGCUGCCUACGAUGGUUACUUCCAGGACUACAUGUCGAAGAUAUCGACGGAAACUCUUCGACCGGACCGGCCACCGUGGGAGAUCCAUUUGUUUAAGUACCCAACCAGCAGCGCAGCUGGGACUGUGGUGUUCAAGCUUCACCAUGCAUUGGGUGAUGGCUUCUCACUCAUGGGUGCACUGUUUUCUUGCUUGCAGAGAGCCGAUAACCCUUCUCUUCCCUUAACUUUUCCGGCAUCUCUGUCCAAACCGAUACAAGAUGACCAUGGGAGCUGCGGCAUUUUAACCAGAACACUUCGCUAUAUCUCCAUGGUCUUCAACUCUACUUCGGAGUUUGCUUGGAGCCUUCUGAGGAGCAACUUCUGGGAAGAUGACAAGACUCCGAUCAGGUCUGGAGAUGCUGGGAUUGAAUUCCGGCCAAAAAUCGUCUCUACCCUCACUUUAUCAAUUGAUCAGAUCAGACAAAUCAAGGACAAGAUUGGAGCGACGAUUAAUGAUGUGCUGUGUGGGAUAAUAUUCUACGGUACCCGGCUAUACAUGCAUACCUCAAGCAAAAAAUCAAGCAAUUUAUGCUCUACGGCAUUGGUUCUGCUCAACACUAGAAUUAUCGGUAAUAUUCAGCCAAUCAAGGAGAUGAUGAAACAAGGCACCAAGGCACCCUGGGGGAAUCAUUUUGCUUUCUUACAUGUGCCAAUCCCAACGUUAGCUGAUUCUGAUACUGCAAAUCCUCUCGAUUUUGUGCUCAAAGCAAAGCAAAUAAUCAGGAAGAAGAGAAGCUCAUUGGCUGUAUAUCUCAACGGAAAACUAAUUGAUACCAUGAGGCAAUUGAGAGGCCCUGAGAAAACAGCUCAGUACAUCCAUAGCACAAUAAGGAAAACGAGCAUGGGGAUCUCAAAUAUGGUUGGACCAAAGGAGAAAAUGUGUUUGGCAGGUUAUCCAAUUGGGGGCUUGUACUUUUUGGUGACAGGGGCACCACAGUGUGUUUCAGUGACAGCAGUGAGUUACAUGGGAAAUUUGAGGAUAGCAGUGGCAGUGGAGAAAGGUUUCAUAGAUAAUCAACUAUUCAAAUCAUGCAUGGAGAAGGCCUUUGAGAGGAUCUCUGAAGCUGCUCUUUGCACUUGAAUUGAAAUGGAUACAAAUUCAAUCUCUAUAAUCCCAACCUUGAAAUUAUAUUAUUUAAUUUCUUAGUCAUAUUUAUAUUCUUGUACAUUAAGUUGUUGUCAACAGUUAUAUUUAUUUAUUAAGGCCUUGUUUGUUUGUAAUGCGAAUCUGAACCAUAUAAUAGAUUUUGCACCGGUUCAGUUUUGUAUCUAUUUGUUUGUGAUCGGUUAUAGUUUGGACCCUUAUCUGAUACAAAAUGUGCACUUUUGCCUCGUUU